AUGAGAGUCUUCUUGCUUGAAAUCUCUAAGAAGAAGGGAGUUGAAGUGGCUUUUGAAGCAUUAAAACGAAAAAAGCGCUGUGAACAAUAUUUGGAGGAGCUUCAGGGAACUUUGACGGUAAUCGAAACGCAUCGUGAAGCAUUAGAGAAUGCAGAUACAAAAGCCUCUGUUUUGGAUACAAUGAAAGGAACCUCUGAUGGGCUUAAGAAGAUACACAAAGAUAUGAAUGUUGUCGACGUUCAUAAAUUGAUGGAUGAUAUUGUUGAUCAGAACGACCCAAAUAGAAUUGCGAGUGCUAUUUCAGGGGGUUACAUCUCUAAUGAUGAUGUUGAUAAAGAAGAAUUGGUUAAAGAGUUGGAAAAACUCGAACAAGGAGAACUUAACAAAGAUUUACUCAAUGUUGGUCCGGCUACGAAUAUACCCGAAGUUCCAAGCACAGAUUUACCAACAACUUCAAAGGACAAAGAGAAGAAAAAAGCAAAACCAGUUGCAGCAGAUGAUAUGGAUGAUGAUCCCGAUAUGAAAGAACUUAUGCAAUGGGCGAAUUAA